AAAAUGAAAGAUUACUAAUGUUUUAGUUAAUUAGGUUUUUCUUUCAUUUUUUUUGUAAUAAUACUUAUAUUUUUUGUUUUAUAUUAGUAUUAUAUAGAGAGAGAGAGCCGAUAGACAAUAAUAAUAAUAAUAAUAAUAAUAAUACCAAUUGACUGAUUGAUUAACAAACAAACCAAAAAAAAAUAUGUUUAAAUUUAACAUAUUUUUCAUAACUAUAAUCACAUUGUUUGUAAUCAAAACAAAUGGUGUGAUUAGUGAUACUUUAGGAGAAAAAAAUCAAGUUUUCAAUAAUAAUGAUAAUAAUAAUACUAUCAAUAAUAAUAGCAGUGUAGCGGCGGUGGCGGCGGCACCGGUAGAUAGUCCACAAUCGGGAUCAUUGGCCAGCAAUCUAAACAACAACAACAACAACAACAAUAGUACCACAAAUGGACAGUUGGCCAAUGCUACAGCUGCUGUUGAACAGGGAUCUAAUUUAACUACUAGUGCACCUGUUGCUGCUGCUGCUGCUGCUGUUGGACAGGUAUCUAACUUAACUACUAGUGUGCCUACUGCUGCUGCUGCUGUUGGACAGGUAUCUAGUUUAACUAAUAAUGCACCUGCUGCUGGACAUGGGUCUAAUUUAGCAACCAAUGUACCUGUUGAUGCUGCUUUUGGACAGGUAUCUAGUUUAACUAAUAAUGCACCUGCUGCUGGACAUGGGUCUAAUUUAGCAACCAAUGUACCUGCUGCUGCUGCUAAUGGACAGGGAUCUAAUGUACAAACCAAUGUACCUGCUGCUGCUGCUAAUGGACAGGGAUCUAAUGUACAAACCAAUGUACCUGCUGCUGCUGCUAAUGGACAGGGAUCUAAUGUACAAACCAAUGUACCUGCUGCUGCUGCUAAUGGACAGGAAUCUAAUGUACAAACCAAUGUACCUGCUGCUGCUGCUAAUGGACAGGGAUCUAAUGUACAAACCAAUGUACCUGCUGCUGCUGCUAAUGGACAGGGAUCUAAUGUACAAACCAAUGUACCUGCUGCUGCUGCUAAUGGACAGGGAUCUAAUGUACAAACCAAUGUACCUGCUGCUGCUGCUAAUGGACAGGGAUCUAAUGUACAAACCAAUGUACCUGCUGCUGCUGCUGGACAGGGAUCUAGUGUAUCCAUCAGUAGACCUGCUGGUAGUGGAAACAAUGCACCUGUAUCCAUAAUAACAACACGGCGCCGAUCACGAAACACUAGGAACAGUAGAAAACUAUUCAAUAGACUAUUUAAUCGACCGGCAGAUGAUAGUAGUCAACUAGCACCUGGGUCAUUGGGUCGUAAUCUUAAACGUAUAUUCAGGCUACUGAAUCAACUAUUGAAUAGUGGAUCCGGCAAAAAGGCACCGGUACCUAGACCAGGAUCAUUGGGCCGUAAUCUUAAACGUAUAUUCAGACUAUUGAAUCAGCUAUUGAACGGUAGAUCCUCCGGCAAACAAACACCGAGACCAGGAUCUCUGGGUCGUAAUCUUAAACGUACAUUCAGGCUAUUGAAUCAAUUACUAAAUAGCGGGUCCAAACAGGGAUCGGCACCUGGAUCACUGGGUCGUAACCUUAAGCGUACCUUCAGGCUAUUGAAUCAACUAUUGAAUGGUAGAUCCGGCAAACAGGCACCAGGAUCAUUGGGUCGUAACCUUAAACGUACAUUUAGGCUACUGAAUCAACUAUUGAAUGGCGGGUCCAAACAGGGAUCGGCACCUGGAUCACUGGGUCGUAAUCUUAAACGAACAUUCAGGUUACUGAAUCAGUUAUUGAAUGGUGGAAAAAAUCAGGGACAGGCACCUGGAUCACUGGGUCGCAAUCUUAAACGUACAUUUAGGCUGCUAAACCAAUUAUUGAAUGGUAAAUCCAAUCAGGGAUCGGCACCUGGAUCAUUGGGUCGUAACCUUAAACGUCUAUUCAGGCUACUGAAUCAACUAUUUAAUGGUGUGCCCAAUAGUCAGUCACCGACACUGGUGACAACCUAUCGACCCGGAUCAUUGGGCCGUAACAUUAAGCGUACUGUACGUCUAUUGAAUCAACUAUUCGGAAAUGCACCGGGACCAUUGGGUGCUGAUAUCAGAAAAAUUGUUGGACUAUUGAAUCAACUAGUCAAUAAUGAACCGGCAUCAUCAUCAGCACCAGUAUUAUCAACGCUUAAAUAUCGACCCGGAUCAUUCAAAGAUAACAUAAAACAUAUUAUAGGUCAAUUGAAUCAGUUAUUUGAAAAUGCACCGGGAUCUAUGGGUGCUGAUAUCAAAAAAAUUAUAGGCCUAUUGAAUCAACUAUACAAUAAGGCACCGGUAGCAUCAGCAGGAGUAGCAUUAUCAUCGCCACAAUAUCGACCCGGAUCAUUGAAACGUAACAUCAAGCGUACAAUAAAGCUAUUGAAUCAAUUGUUUGCAAAUGCACCGGGACCUAUUGGUGCUGAUAUCAAAAAAAUUAUAAGUCUAUUGAAUCAAAUAUUCAAUCAGGCACCGGUAUCAUCAGCAGCACCAGCAUUAUCAACGCCUAAAUAUCGACCCGGAUCAUUGAAACGUAACAUUAGACGUAUUAUAGGUCUAUUGAAUAAGCUAUUUGAAAAUGCACCGGGACCUAUGGGUGCUGAUAUCAAAAAAAUUAUAGGCCUAUUGAAUCAACAAUUCAAUAAAGCACCGGUAGCAGCAUUAUCAUCGCCAAAAUAUCGACCCGGAUCAUUGAAACGUAACAUCAAGCGUACAAUUGUUUUAUUGAAUAAAUUAUUUAAAAAUGCACCGGGACCAAUGGGUGGUGAUAUCAAAAAAAUUAUAGCCCUAUUGAACCAACUAUUUAAUAAGGCACCGGUAGCGUCAGCAUUAUCAACACCAAAAUAUCGACCCGGAUCAUUAAAACGUAACAUCAAGCGUACUGUACGUCUAUUGAAUAAAUUAUUUGCAAAUGCACCGGGACCAAUGGGUGCUGAAAUUAAAAAAAUCCUAAAUCUAUUGAAUCAACUAUUCAAUAAGGCACCGGUAUCAUCAGCAGCAUUAUCAACAUCAAAAUAUCGACCCGGAUCAUUGAAACGUAACAUCAAGCGUACUGUACGUCUAUUGAAUCAACUAUUUGGUAAUGCACCGGGACCUAUGGGUGCUGAUAUCAGAAAAAUAUUGAGUCUAUUGAAUCAACUAUUCAAUCAGGCACCGGUAUCAUCAGCAUCAUCAUCAGCAGCAGUAGCAUUAUCAUCGCCAAAAUAUCGACCCGGAUCAUUGAACCGUAACAUCAAGCGUACGGUACGCCUAUUGAAUCAACUAUUUGGUAAUGCACCGGGACCUGUGGGUGCUGAAAUCAAAAAAAUCCUAAAUCUAUUGAACCAAUUAUUUGACGCUAAUGGACCCAAUCGGGCACCGGUAGCUGCUAGUACUUUGGUAGCCAGCGAUGGUAUAACCCAAGCACCUGAUUGUGGCCAGGGAGUCAAUCCAAAUCCCAGUGCACCUAAUGGACAGGUAUCUAAGCAAACAAUCAGUUCCAGCAUAAUUCAAGCGAACAAUUAUUAACAAAAAAAAUAGUAUAUUAAAUAAAUAUAUAUAUAUAUAAA